CAAUGAUGCUCCUUCCUCUUCUCUGUUUCUAUUUGACUGGGGGACUCCAAGUGUCGGCUUCUCUUAGGAUUCUGGACCAGCGUCCGGACUGCACCCAACCGGGUCUUGACAACUGCACAAUUAAUAGCUGCUCAGACAAACGCACGAUUGAACCUAGACAACAUGCUCCAACUGGUCCAGAGUGGGAUCCUGAGCACGUGGGCGUCUGGGUGGACGAACAUGGACCUGUUCCUGUUUUGAACAUCACGUGGAAAAUAAAGGCAGAUGGAUGUGUAAAAGCCCUUCGUGGAUCAGAGAUCAGUAUUCUGGAUAAAAGUACAAAUCAAAGUAUAUGUGUGCAGUUUUCUUACAAACUCAAGAAAGAGUUUAAUCCAAACUAUGGGAAGUGGACAUUUUCCUUGGACGGAGUCGUGGUGGAACCCGGACGUACAUACAUGCUGUCUGUUUUUAAUCUGCCAGAACCUGAUAUUGAAGACUACAGGUUAAGAAAGCAAAUUACCAUCCCGGGAUGUGCUGACAAGAGAAUCCAAAAGGCCCGAAUCUGUCUGGAAAACGGCAGUCUAUGGGAUCCUGAUGUGACCACUAACGUGUCAUUUUAUAAGGGCGGUAGAACGUUUGUGAUUGUUGUGGGCUUUAAGGCAGCUCAGUAUUCAGAGAGAUACCUGGUCUCCAUCCAGAGUCGUGGUUUCCAUUACUCAAAGAACGUCUCAAAGGAAAACCACACAUUGCUGAGUGUGUCCUUUGAGUUUGGCUGGUGGCAGCUUUCACAUUGUGAAAUGCUUUUAGUGAUUCAGCCGUUUUUUGUGCGAUGUGAGAAGAACUGUCGGCGUACCAACAAAAUAAAUGGUUUAUGUCAAUAUUAUUCACCACGAACUUCACUUAUAAAGGCAACAGUGGGGCUUCUUGCUGUUGCUGUUUUUCUCGCUUGUUUAUUGUGGAAAGUCUCUCGCAAAGAUCCGGUGAGCACGUCAUCGUCCGCUGGCAAACAGCAACCAGACGGUUUCCAAAUGCAGGACAGAAAAAGAGUCCUCAUCAUCUACUCCCUCGACCACCCUUUGUACAAAAACAUAGUCCUCAAGCUUUGUUCCUUCAUGGCGACCAAAUGCGGCACCGAAGUGGUCCUGGAUCUGCUGGACUCGGCGAGACUGGGAGCGUUGGGGAGCGUCCAGUGGUUGGACCGCCACGGGGACCGAGCGAAAAGCUCUUCGGAUAAGAUACUGAUCUUGUGCUCGCGGGGAGUGCGAGCCAAGUGGAGAGCCAUGUGUGGUGACCGCCCGGUUUCCCUGCGGGAGGACGCCCGCUCCCCCGCGGGCGACAUGCUCAGUCCGGCCCUCAGCCUCAUGGUCCCCCGCUUUGUCCGAUCCGCCUCGUUCGAGAGGUACAUGGUGGCUUACUUCGGCGACGUUUGCUGCGAAGAAGACGUCCCCCCGCCUUUCAACAUCACAGUUCGGUACAAGCUGAUGGAACAGUUUGAGGAGCUCUUUUUCAGAAUCCUGGACGCUGAGAAGCGGGGGCCCGGCAGAGUGAGUCACAUCCAGGGGUUCUCGGAGCGCGAGUACUACCGCUGUGCCUCAGGCGCCGCCCUGCGGGACGCCAUAGAGGCUUUUCAUGCCCACCAGCUGGAGAAUCCACAGUGGUUCGAGGAUGAAUUACUGGGACACUCGAAGACCUCAGUGGAGGUCCACGACGUUACGACGGACCGCGUACCCGACUCAACCCAAGUCGGCAGCCAUGUUCAGACAAAGGAAAGGGAUUUCACUCGAGACCAAACUGGGCUUCACAUGGCUUAAGAGUUUCAAAUGUGCACCUCAGUUCAGUUGAACCCUCUUGUUAGGGAGGGUUUCAUGAAAUUACGUCAAUGAUUUGAGUGAUCGAUGGUGAUCGUCUCCACUGUUUGUAUCAACUAUCAGAAUUUGAUGUGAUUAAUGUUGUGGGACCAAAUAAAUCUGCUGAGAAA